AUGGACAGGUUGCAUUCAUCCAUGCGUAAAAGGCUCUACAGUUUGCCACAGCACAUUGGACAGAAAGCAUCCAUAAUGGGCGAAGGAGAAGACGCAGACAAGGACACCCGGAGGAAGAGUAUAAGGAUGAAGCCUCUCCCGUCGCCGACCUCUGGGGUAAGCUGCAAAGGCAUCGGUGAGACCAAAAGUGGGGAGUCUGUGAUCAUGGAGACGGACAUGGGGAGAUCACUGAAGACUAGCUCAAAUGGGGACUGCCGGAGAUUUCGAGGCAGCCUCUCGUCCAUCACCAGUCGGCAUGUACACGACUCAGACUCGGCCGAGGCGAGACGCCUCAUCACCGAGGGGGAUGUCACCCCGAGCGAGGAGAGCCCUCCUGGGGCGAUCGGCGACGAGCAGCCGGAUGAAGGAGUGCAGGGUGCCAGCGGUGGCGCCCAAACCGACCCUCCAGACCAGCAGGCGGGUUUUAUAAAGUUGGAUGGCAUUGAUCAAAUUCUACCGGACGACGCUGGAUUAUAUCAAGCCGGGUUCAUACAUCGGCAGCUGGGAGCGAUGCUUCAACCGGGGGUCAACAAGUUCUCCCUGAGGAUGUUUGGAAGUGAGAAAGCAGUCGAACGAGAACAAGAGCGAGUCAAAUCGGCCGGAUUUUGGAUAAUUCACCCAUACAGCGACUUCAGGUUUUACUGGGACUUGACCAUGUUGCUGCUAAUGGUGGGCAACCUCAUCAUCAUCCCCGUGGGCAUCACUUUCUUCAAAGACGAGCACACCCCACCCUGGAUCGUUUUCAACGUGGUCUCAGAUACAUUCUUCCUCAUGGACCUGGUCCUCAAUUUCAGGACGGGCAUAGUUAAAGAAGACAACACAGAGAUUAUCCUGGAUCCCCAACAGAUCAAAAUCAAGUACUUGCGGAGCUGGUUUGUGGUAGAUUUCAUAUCCUCCAUCCCUGUGGACUACAUUUUUCUAAUAGUGGAGACACGCAUUGACUCGGAUUUCUACAAGACAGCGCGUGCUUUGCGGAUUGUACGCUUUACAAAGAUCCUCAGCUUGCUACGACUUCUGCGACUGUCUCGACUUAUUCGUUACAUCCACCAGUGGGAAGAAAUCUUCCACAUGACCUAUGACCUGGCCAGCGCCAUGGUGCGGAUAGUCAACCUCAUCGGUAUGAUGCUGCUGCUGUGUCACUGGGAUGGCUGCCUGCAGUUCCUGGUGCCCAUGCUGCAGGACUUCCCAGCUGACUGUUGGGUUUCCAAAAAUAAGAUGGUGAAUGACACAUGGGGACAGCAGUAUUCCUAUGCACUCUUCAAAGCUAUGAGCCACAUGUUAUGCAUUGGGUAUGGCAUGUACCCCCCAGUGGGCAUGACAGACGUCUGGCUGACCAUCCUUAGUAUGAUUGUAGGCGCUACUUGUUACGCCAUGUUUGUGGGGCAUGCCACUGCACUCAUCCAAUCGCUGGACUCAUCUCGGCGUCAAUACCAGGAAAAGUACAAACAGGUCGAGCAGUACAUGUCUUUCCACAAGCUUCCUGCAGAUAUGAGGCAGAGAAUCCAUGACUACUAUGAGCAUCGCUACCAGGGCAAGAUGUUUGACGAAGAGAGCAUCCUGGGGGAGCUCAACGAGCCACUCCGAGAGGAAAUCAUCAACUUCAACUGUCGAAAGCUGGUAGCUUCGAUGCCUCUGUUUGCUAACGCCGACCCCAACUUUGUCACGUCCAUGCUCACCAAGUUGAGGUUUGAGGUAUUCCAGCCUGGAGAUUACAUCAUCAGAGAGGGAACUAUUGGGAAGAAAAUGUACUUCAUUCAACACGGGGUGGUGAGCGUCCUCACCAAAGGCAACAAAGAGACCAAGCUUUCAGACGGCUCCUACUUCGGGGAGAUUUGUUUGCUGACUCGAGGCAGGAGGACAGCCAGUGUACGAGCCGACACAUACUGUCGUUUGUAUUCUCUCUCUGUGGACAACUUCAAUGAGGUCCUUGAAGAGUAUCCUAUGAUGAGAAGAGCCUUUGAGACUGUUGCCCUGGACCGGCUGGACCGAAUUGGAAAGAAAAACUCUAUUCUUCAACACAAGGUGCAACAUGAUCUCAGCUCUGGGGUACUCAACUAUCAGGAGAAUGAGAUUAUUCAGCAGAUUGUGCAACAUGACAGGGACAUGGCCCACUGCGCCCACCUCAUGCAAAACGCUCCCCCACAGACACCUCCAUCACCAACCCCUGUCAUCUGGGCGCCCCUAAUCCAGGCACCCCUCCAGGCUGCUGCUGCCACCACCUCAGUAGCCAUUGCACUGACGCAUCAUCCCCAUCUCCCACCAACACUCUUCAGACCUCCAGUCUCUGUUCUCAGUUCCCUCAAAGAUCCAUCCACCAGACUUCGAAAGUUCCAACCAUUCGUUCCUUCGUCCACAGCACCUGGCUCCUCUGGAGACUCUCUGUCUAGCACACCCUCUAAGCUGCGCUCUGGGGUAGACAUGCCAUUGCUUGCCGCCUUUCGUGCCCACCAUAUGACAUCUGGAUCUGGGACCAUUGGCUCAACAAGACAAGGAUCAGGCGUGGAAGGCCAGCGUGGAAAUAAUGGGACUGCGUCUGUGUCCAGUGAAGGGGGGACUAGUGUAUUCCCUUUUGGUCCACACUCAUCCUCUGGCUCUCCUUCUUCUAGUAUGGCACAACUUCACCCACAACCACAGUAUCAACAACCCUUUCGAUCCAGCACCCCACCCCUUUCAAAUCUCUUUCACCAAGCACCUGUAGGCGGAAGUACAGGAUCAGGACUAAGUGGAGGAACAGUUGGAGCAUGUGGGGGUGCUACAGGUUGGUCUUCAGGAUGCGCAACUGGAGGUUCUGUUGAAGGAGCCUCUGGUGGAGACUCUUCUUGGGCUGGGGAGGACUUCACAACUGGUGUAGCAGACAUUACUUCUAGGGAGUACUUUGACUUGAAAGGAGCGACUGAUGGAUCAUUACAUAGAAAUUCAGGGGAAAUACUGGGUGCAAGAUCAGAGAGCUCAGUGGGAGCUGCUUGUGGUCGGUUCACGGGUACAACAUCAGGAGCAUCAGGGUUAGGUGUCACUUGUGGUUUAAUGCAGGAUAAAACCAAGAGAUUACUAGGAGAAACUUCUAGAGGGUCAAUUGAAAGAGUCUCCAGGGGAUCAAUGAGUGGGACUUCACAGGAAUCACUGUUACUUACAAACCCUGGGGAAUUAUUUGGGAAGACCAGUGAUGGUUCAUUGGCAUCUGUUUUUGAUGGAGCGUGUGUGGGAACAUUUGGAGGAGUUCCUGUUGAAAUGUCAGUGGGGAAUUCAACAGCAUUGUUUGGGAAGUCUUCCACUGGAUCAGCAAGUAGCCAUACAGGAGGAGCCUCAAAUGAGCCUGGAGAAACCGAAACAGGAGGAUAUACUGGUAGAAUGACAGGAUGUGCGGUAGGAACCCAGGUGGCAACAUCUUCAACUUUGCCUGGUUUACCUUCAAGUGGAAUUACAACAGGACUUGUUGGGUCCUCUUUUUGUCAGAGUCCUUUAUCUACCAGUCCAUCCAACCUAAUGCCUAGUCAGAUUCUCCCGAACCAACCACAUCCUAAGUCACUGCAGCAGUUUGCUGGAGGAGGUAGGACUAACAGUGGCAUAAACCUCUUCCAAUCACCAUCACAAGGCUCACCAUCUUGUGUUAGGGGGCAACAAACUCAGUCGCCUGCUACUGGUUCCCCACCAUCCAUCAGCCACUUUAGCCUGGCAGGCCUUCAGUCUGGCUGCUUGCCUCACCAGAUGUCACUGGAGAAGUCUGCAUUGGCUUCGUUGGCUCAGUAUGGUUCAGCAAACGCCUCUCCUUGCCUUACCCCAGUAGCACGGAGUCCUACAGUACAAAGUCCAGUGGCAGGCAGGACUUUUCAAUACAGUGACCCUUCAAGUAUUGCAGGAUCCCACAGUUCUUUGCUCAUGCCCCAGUCUCCUCUCCUUUCACAGCUUCCCAGCCUGCCACAAGCAUCAGGGAGAGAUUCUCCUUUAGCUCCAUUUUCUGAGGACCUAAAAUGUUUAUCCAGCUCACACCCAUCUUUACCCCAGGAGGUGGCCCAGGCCCUGAGCCACCAAACUACUUGCUCCUCUGUGGAAUAUUAUCCCUCACCAUUUUCCUCACCAACUCUUUUGCCCAAACCCUGUAGCUCAAUAUCAGGGCACAUGACUCCUCCAAAGCAGGAGCCGCCGGGGAACCCUCACCUGACUCAGUCCCCUAGAUCAUCUCCGGUACCUCCUCCACAGAGGGGCUCUGGUGCCUAUUUGUCAGAUCUAGAACCUCAAACUGCUCGUUCUAAACUUCCUUCCAAUUUGUGAGGAUCGAUCACACCCUCCUGUGCUCCCCUAAAAUGAAACACAACUAUCGGUACUCAUGAGAUUAUUUUAUGUUGUCAGACUUCAUUGUGUUCCACUUCUCAUUUUACCAGGAUUUUUACAUUUACUGUGAAUUCAAGAUACUUUACCAGGAAACUCAGAGCUAUAAAGUACUCCUCUUUUGUUUAAUUCAUUGUUCUUGUUGUUCAUAUAUGCUGUAUAUAGGCAGAAAUAUAUUAAACUCAUAGGCUAAUUAAGGGACAGGGAGGGUGUGAAAGUGAUCUCAAGGACAGUCACUUUCUUUAUUUGUAAGACUAUGCCAAAUUCACUAUCAUUCAUACUAUUUGGAAAGUGAAUCAAUAGAAUACAUGAAAUUGUUUUUUAUUGCAGGAACCUAUGCACUAAUACCUGCAUGUAUAAAGGCUUUUGUGUGUUUUAAGGUUACUAUCAAGAUUUUUAGCUCAAAAGAUAUGAUUUGAGACUCAUCGACUCUUGUACCUUUCUGUUUAGGAUCACAUAUUGCUGAUCCUUAAAUGUAUUUAUUAGAUUGUUCUUAUUUAUCCUGUGUAUAAACUUUUCAAAACCUUGAACAAUGGAGAUGAGAUUUUAGGAUACCAAAAAGACUUUUUCUGUGGAAUAACUAUUCACCUCUCCAGGGCCCACAAUCCCUCUUUUAUACCACUUUGUUGUAUUCACACUGGUAUUUGAAACAGAGGAAGAGGGGUUUGCUGAGCUACCCUCUGUCUCAGAGUUUCAACAUAAGAGUAUGUGAUGGACAACCUUUCUGCAGAGUCCUCAACCAUAUUCUAACAAGCUCACCUUGUCUUCCAAGCUUGUGACACUUAAGUGUAUUAAGUUUGUAUUCUUUAUCUUCCAAGCCGUGCUCAACUGUUAAUGUGUGAGUGUAGCAUUAAGUUGAAGUCUGGAAGAGUUUUUCCAGACUGAUCAAAAGUAAGUUUGCCUUUUUUAAACAAAACUUAGGACUUCCAAAAACCAGUUUGUGUGAUGCAUUGCAUAGCACUUGGAUAGAAAAGAAAUACGUUUACAUUUGAUAGUAAUAAAGCCCAUUGGGGAAAUUGACAACAAUUACAAUGAAAUUUGAUUUUUUUCUUUUUCACUAUAUGGAUCCACACCUAGUUUGAAAACAACAUCUUCAUUAACCAAUACAGUUUGUUAAAUCAAAAAUACAGAAAUGCUGGACCAAAAAUAUUAAUUUAUCUUUGCACCACUUCCUCUGGUGUAGCUGCUUAAUGGUCAGCAUGAGUUGUUCUCCUUAGUAAAGACUAAUUAUGAGUUUGAGAUGCUGAAUGUAUGCAUGAUGCUUCCGAUGAGUACUGUAGGUAUGGUUGGUGCACUGAAGACAAAUUGUCCCUAAGAGGGUUAAGAAACUGUUCUGCAACUGUAAAAGUCAUUGAUUAUAUAUCUUUAACAGACAGUAUCGUCAGCAGCCAUUUCUGUAGCCAUAAUGUCCAUUAAAAGACAUAUAAGAGUCAGUUGAGUGGUUCAUGAGAUAAUCUGGACAUGUUACUUUGAAAGCUGCCUGCAACAGCCCACUUGUUACUUCUAUAAUCUUUUAAGUGACACUGUACAUUUGUGCCACUUUAAAGAUUAUCCAAUUAAAUUUGCAGGUAUUCUUGGCCUUUUUUAUAUUUUGGUAUAAACAAACUUUGAUCAUUUUUAAGAAAGCUCAAACAUAAUAGCUCAAUUAACACCUUCGAUUGCAAAACCAUAAGUUUGACUCUAGAUUUUGACAGCCAAUCUGUGUGUGAACACAUGUUCACACACUGAUGAUGGCAAACUACUGGACUGUAGCCACAGCCGCCCUUGGGCACAAUGACUGAGACAAAUGGAGCAUAGAUUUGAACCAGCAACCUACUGAUUAGGGGAAGAACUCCUACCACUGUCACCCUGUAUUUGAGAAAUUUGCAUUUUAAGGUUAUUGGUUCACUAAUAAUUUACUUUUGCUUCAAGCUUUGAUAUUAAAACAAAUGUUUCAUGUUAAAUGUUCAAAUAGCAGAGCCAAACUAGAAAGUCUAUUAUGCCAAAGUCUACUAUUUGGCAUAAUAGGCUACAGGCAUAAAUAUAUAUUUAGAUGUUGAAAUGAAGCUCUGGAUAAAUGUGGAUAGCUAUAUAAGAUUUGAACCACUUCUGAACAAUAUUCCAACCUGGACACUUAAUGAUUUCAAAAAGCUCUCAAAAAGCCAUAAUAGGCAAAGUAAACAUACCGGAAACUCAAGUUGCAAAAUAAAAUCUAAAUUCUGAAUGUUUGAUUUCUCUCUCUUGAGCAAUCUAAUCUGUAUAAACUAGGAUUAUACAAUUCUUUCCAUUUACCAAUUUUCAUGGGUUAAGGCUGUAAAAGAUAUAUUUAAAUUGGAUAUUUUCUGAUUUAAGUUAACUAAUUUGUAUCUCUCUACCGUUAAUUGCUUCAUGAACAUUGAUAAAUUUUACAAAUUUUCUUCAAUCAUAUCAUCUUCAUACCAGCAAUAUCUACAGCCACGCAAAGCUGAUUAAAUAAUUGGUGGUUAGCAUAUGUCAGUUAUAGUUUUUACACAAUAUAGCAAAUAUUUCCAUCAUGCAUUAUUAAUGGCAUUCAGUUAUAUAUGGUACAUGUUUUCCAUAAAAUUACUAGUUGUUUAGACACCGAUACACAUUCUUUCAAGAAGCUUACGUGACCCCACAAGGUAUCAGUGGUCAGGAAAAUGUGUACAUCAUUAGGCAUCAUUAAUCUCCCAAAGGAGCAGCGCAGUGUUAUGAUCUUCAUGUUUGUCUGUAGCUCAUCACCAAGACAGACCCAGGUUCCACUCAGACAGCUGAGUCCCAGACUCAGUCACAGCACUCAGCCGCAGGAGCCUAAUUUAACAAGACAUAUUUGUAAUCCCUUGACCCCCCACAAGCUAUCAGAGACUUCCACAUAGAGGUGGCUAUGCUGGUCCCUCAUUACAACUGUGUGAAGUCAUUUUAACAAGGUGCACCAGUGAUUGAAAUGACACAGUUUGUUUGCAAAUAUGCACGAGCAGCAGAUCUCACACUCACUGCUUCUCAUGCUCCUCCCUAAAUGAGAAAACAAUAUUGAAAGACAAAACAUUGAACUUUCAGUGUUCUUUAAAUAUGCCUAAUUAUAUCUGUAAUUAGCAUGUCUAUGGCCAACUGAUUCUCCACUGUCUAGUUGCAAUCAGUUUUGAGUGCAUAUCUAAAUACGUCAUUGGGUGUUGUAAACCCAGUAGUCCAAAGCAGAAUUUAAAUACUUUUUUUCACAAGCACUACAACUGUUUUUAAUGUUGUUAGGUGAGGAUGACAUCAGUAAAAAGACACACUUAAAUAAAGCUGUCAAGAGUAACCACAUCCCUGCACUGUCAGUUUAACAUUUCCUCAAUAAUGCUGUGAAACACAACUGAGUAACAUCUCAUAUGUGCAAUAAGAUGAGUCUCUAUGUCUUGACCUUUUAAUAAGUCAAAAAGUGAAAUGUAGAAUAUCAGCAGCUGACAUGCUAUUCAAAAUCCAACAUGUAACAUUUCAUCCUUUAACAAUUUCACAUGGUAGUAUUCUCAAAGAUAGAACCACUGAAAACUGUUUCACUUACCGCUCGUGGAUGUAACAUCUAUAUGUAAUAAGAAAUUUGAGGCAAAUUUAGUGAGAAUUAUGAGAUACAUUGAGCUCUGCAAUUGAAAAUUAAGUGAUCUGAAAAUAACAGCUCACAUGAUAACUUUCAAAGCCUCCAUUCACAUACACCUCUUUAAACCGUCCACCAACUAUGACCUUACUAACAUAUUGCAAGAAGCUUGAAAGAAUGUCUGCACUCUGACAUGUUCAAGAAAUGAUGUAGUUGGACAUUCAGCUACAGGAGGAACACGCAUACAGCCAGGUACUCCAUGGGGUGCUUGAGCUGAUGGGCUUCUUUUGGAAUGUUGCCUUUUUCCUUGUGAUUGUCCCUGAGUGCGUCUGAGGGGGUGGGUUCAGUUUGCUGCUGAUUGGAAGGAUAUGAGUUUGGGCUUUGUUCAUCGUCACGUAGCAAUCAGUCAGUGUUUGGGAUGUUUGUCUGUGACUAUUAUUUCCCCCCUACCUGCCUCGCUCCUGUGUUGGAGCUGGAUUCUUUAUAAGGUGGGUAGAAGUCACAGCUAAAAUGUUUAUAGAACAGGGACUGACUAAUUAGCCAGAACGUCACUGAGUUUUAUUUAGAUUUUACCAACACAUAAUUAUAAGUUGAAAUGAAACUUUUUCUAAAUUAUUUUCUAAUCAAAAUCCGACAAGUGAGAUUUACAUUUAUAUUCAGUUCCCCUCCUACUACUAAAUGGAAUCAAAUGCAACCAGUUAUCUCCUGAAGUCACUUUAUUUGUAAAUCAAUUCCUUCCUGUGUCUGUAUGGGUAAGUUGCAGACAGAAGGACACAAAAAUAUGUAAAUGAGAGAAAUGAUGAAGACCGCAGUAUGAAAGUGUGUAAGAGGAAAUGAUCCAACCUCAGUCUCAGUCAAACAAACAUGUUUGCAAACUCAUGUUCCUGUUAUUGAAUUAAAAGUAUAGGCUGGGAUGAGACAUAAUGAUCAUUAUACAUAAUCAUUAAUGCAUUAAAGUGUCAAUAAUCAUUAACAAAACAGCAGUGGGUGUAAUACAUAAAAAAAGUCAGUCACAUUAAUGUAGUACAUAUUAAAAUAAACAAAAAAAUAUUUGUUUAUUAUUGGAUAUUGGAUAUUCUCCAACUAAUCUCACUGAGCUAUUUCCCAAAGCCAAAUAGACAGUAGUUUAAGUUUCUGGAUGUGUAAAUUAGACAGAAACACCCCAAAGUCUUGCUGCAAUGCAAUCCACAACUGACUCAAAGGGCCUGAAUACAUACACACACGUCACACUUGACACAUUUUGGUUUGAAAAUUGUUUUGAAAACAAUUCAUCUUUUACCUUCCAUUUUACUUCUAUGCGCUGCUUUGUGUUUUUCUAUAGCAAAAUUCCAGUAAAAUAUAUUGAAGUUUGUGAUUGUAACAAGACAAUAGGUAAAGAAUUUAAAAUGGCAUGAAUACUUUUGAAAGGCGCUGUAAGUGGUUCAGUAAAAGGGUGGCUGAGCAGGGUAUCACUUAAAUCUGUCACUGUCACAGAGCUGAAAGAAGCUGUGUGAUAUCCUCUGGAGUUCAUCUGGGCCAGCUUCUUUGCAAAUGUGCCUGUCUUGGCAUUUUGGUGAAAUUGAAAAAAUUAUGUUUGAUUGAUGACCAUGAAGCCUCAAAUUUCUUUACUGGAAAUGAAAAGGGAGAUUAUAAUCCUCAGGGUCAUAUAACGCUUUCAACUCACAGUAGACCAUGUAAUCCUUCUCUCCGAGUAAAGACGUGAAAAUAGCAGAAAUUGGAGUAACAAGAUUUUCACCUGACAGCAAUGUUUACUCUUCAAGCAGAUUUUUCUAUUUCCAUCUUCUCACACUGUUUGCCACAGUCACAUCUGCAGCAUAAUGUAGCAUGGAGACUGUGCUUUUCCGGGGAAUCAGUUGGGAAUUAGAUAAGCUUUGAAACUUUGUGCCUUUUGAGAGCGGCGAAUAAAGAAAAACAACGAUGACUCACUUUCUCAUGCGGAGAACUAUUUUCAUUACGUCUGCCUGUGACACCCAUAAGAACAUGGAAGGAAGACUACUGUUUGAGAUCAGGAGAGGAGAUGGCAGAGCUGAAAGAUUAUGAUUACUGGCAUUGUGCCCAAAUGCUUCAAACUCAAGAUUUUACAUAAGACUGUAAAAAGAAAGAAGAAGAAGUGCCUGAUAAGCCUUUUUUUAUUUUAAUGCCAUGCAUUAGUAAACAUAGAUUAUCUCUUUUAAAUAACAUGAUAUUUAGGUCAGGAAUACCCAUUGUUUAGGUAGGUAGGGGACAGAGUUUGGCCUAAGAAGUAGUUGUUUUUAGCAAGUUUAAGGUCAGGACCCUAUAGCAUUUCUAGGUCUUUGUAGGUCUCCAAAUUAUACAUGGAGUCCUUUAUUUUUAUUGCUUAAUGUUAGGUCCUAUAAAAUCUAUUGGUAUUGAUUGCAAACUGUGGUGAAAGUACCCUUCUGUAACAAUCAAAUGUAUCAUUGGUUCUCAAUUAGCCUGGCAAAAACAAGUACCUUGUUCUACAUUUUGCUUCAGUCUGGAUGCUGGGCUAUUAAGAAACAAGUGCUUGCUGGAUGCAUGGACUCUAUUGAAGUUUUAAAUGACUGGAUCUAAUUUUACCCAAUCACUAAUGUUUGGCUGUGAUGCGCCAGCUACACUGUGAAGAAAGCUGAACUUACUAGAAAUUGUGUGCACUGUAAGCAAACAUCCCCCACAGCAAAGAGAGAAGUGCACAACUGAAUGACGUCUCUGCCAGCAAUAAAAUUUAUUAAACUUCUUGCUCCUCUUGCUAUUAAACCUCUUGCUCCAACUUUAAUUGCUCAAUUUCUGGAAUGAAAAAGUGUGAACUGAAUGGCUUUAUUCACCGCCUCCGCUGAAAUUGCCAAGCUACAACUAUAAGCAGACGAAGGUUCUAAGAGAGCGCUGAAAAUUUAUUUACUCACUCACAACUCCUCUUUCUGUUCUCUGAUUGGCCCAGAUGAAAUUCAUCCUGAGAAAUCGAGCUCAAUUUGAGAAAUCCCUAAUGGUGCACAGAAGGGAGAUGAGCAUUGGGUUCUAUUGUGUAGAAAAGUAAGGGCCAAGCUAGUUCUCACUGUGUAAAAGGCAUUACCCCUUAAUGUAAGCAAGAACGGAAUUAUAACUCAAGACAUGACAGUGAAAAAGAAAUACAUCCACAUAGUUUAAGUGCAUUUAAAAUUUUGAUGUCCCUGUUUUGUGAUGGCCCAGUUGCUCAUAAAUAUAUGUUAGUCAAUGAAGGUCAGUUGUUACAUCAGAAAAUUUAAAAUGUUUUUGAGAAGGCUUUUGUUGUUUCUUUAAAUUUAAUUUAUUUACUAUUUUAGUCCUUUUACUCUUGAUCUCUGGCCACAGAUUUGUGCAACCCCUCCAAAACCAGGUAUUUGCACACAAUUUAUGACUGAAGUAAUAUGAAAACUAGUUUUACCCUCUAAUAGUCUUUAUUGUUGUGGGCAAAACUACUAAUUUUGUAUCAUCACUAUUCACUCAGUAAUAUAAGUUUGAGCACAAUGUGGGCUGUUUGGCAGUGUUCUGUAACCCAAAUAUGACUGAGUUUAUGCAGGCUACUUUGGAACUUCUCAACUUUUUUAAUUGGAUAAAAAACCACAAAAUACGUACACAGAUUUGACAAAUACAUGUGCAUUUCCAUUUUGGUUGCAGCUGACGAGACAACUCUGUGUUGAAGCCAAAGGUUGGGGCCGCCCCUUACUAGAUUAGAGUGGAGGGAAACAGAAAAGGGCAUAUUUCUACUCUAUUUGAAGAGAUGAGGGUUUAUAUAAAAAAAAUAAAAACCCUGCCUCUGUGAGCUGUCUUUCAUUCACUGAAGUACGUACUAUAAUUCCACUUAAUCUGAUGUUGAGAGCAUAAUGGCAAAAAGGUACUCACCUAUCCCGAUUAAUAUAUUUACAAAGGACCUAUUUAGGUUUCUGUGUUUAUGUUAGGCUGUCCUGAUGACAGAUAUCUGCACCACACCCCAUAAUGAUAAGCAAUGAACACCAAACUGUAUGUAUGUACAGAGUUCAUCAUUUUUAGAGACACAAGCCAUUUUAUUGUUGGAUUUCUUUACUUUGUGACAUUACAAGAGCUAGAAGGAAAACGACUCUCCACAGACAGUCAGGGUUUCUUUUGUUGUUUUUCUAGAAAGCAGUGACUGGAUGAACACUUCUAAUGAAGACUCGCACCCUUUUGAGGAGGACAGCAUUUUGAUCACUUUGCUAUUGAUCAAUGGAUAUCUAUUUUUACCAUGGAAACUAAGGGGAAAAGCAAUAAGGGGGUUGUGCGAAUACAGUGUGACUUGACCGGACUUUGCACCGACUCACACAGUGUCCAUGGGUGCUCGGCUUCCGUGGUUAAUCGUGUGUGUGGAGGGGAAAUGGGAUGAACUGUCCAUAAGCACACAUAUUGGAUGAAAUAAAAUGCUAUAGAAUAAAAUA